AUGCAGUUCGUUCUGGGAGUACUUCCCGUAUAUCAGAAUCUUCAUAUUCCUCCUCUAGCACCUUCAGAAGUGGCAUCUGAUCCAAACGCUCACUAUGAGCCGGACACCAUGCCGGUUGAGCUUUUUGUUCAACAACCAGGCCGAGAGAACCUCCGGGUUCUCCAUCCCGAACCACGAGGAUACACUACGUGGUUCAACAAGUCGAACAAUGACAUUAGCAGAUGCAUUAACCAAAUGAUGUAUUCUAUGCUUCGUAGAGGAUACGAGACCUACAGUGUGAUGCCGAGAGAUGAACAAGAGAUAUGGUUCCGUAAUUUUACGCAACAAUUCAAUUGGGAGUCGGGACAUACCGAAAGGGUCCAACAUGCCUUCAAAGAGAAGGUCAUGGAGUCUUACACAAACACGGUCUAUGAAUGGAAGGUGCUCUAG